GUCAAAAUUAUUGUCACUCAUGGGAUAAAUUAUCCAAAUUUUUGUUAAUAAAUAUAUAUAUUAUUUGGUUGGAAUCAAAAUUUUAUGUUUAAUAUUCAGAUAAGUAAUCGGAUUCUGUACACUAAGAAUCUCAUAACGUAUGACCUUCAAUAAUAAAGUCUACAAAAAUAAUAGAUUGAUAGUUUCGAAAUGUAACGAAUCCGUCCAUGAAAACGAAUGUUAGCAACAAUGCCGUUUCUAAAAGUACCUACGCGUUUAACUACAGCGGCGGAAGCGCAUAAAAAGUGGUUGCACUUACUAAAAACAGCGGAAGAGAUCUUGAAUGAUGACAAGGACUUACAGGAGAAAGCAGCUAAGGGUCUAUAUCUAAAAGAGCGUAGCGUACCACCGGAAGUGCUUGGUCGGCUUUAUGCAGAGUAUUGUGACGUCAUCAACCGGAUGUAUGACUCAUAUUUGAACAGUGUACAGUUACAGAGGGCACCGUUUAUAUUGGAGAUUGUCAGUAUUUUAAUGAAAAGAUUAUAUGAAUUAAGGAACGAAUUAGUGCAUAUAAUUGUUAAUGAUUACAUUUACGUGGACGACGCUCUUGUAACCUCCAAAAAAACUCCAUUUGAUAUUCAGAUUGUGGUUCCAUACCACUUUCCACUGGAAAGUCGAGAAGACAGCGUCGAACAGUUACUGCAAAGAAUGUGGGCGGAUGCAGAAUGGAGAAAAUUACAUACAAUAACUUCGGAUAUAAAUAAAGACGAGGAUGUUAUUGAAGACGCUGUUCCCGUUAUAUCAGAGGUCCAACAUUUAGUCCAAAAGGACAGUUCUAUUAUCCUCUCUGAGGAUUUUAUCCAAGCUGUUAUAAUACAAAAACAAGAGAGAUUCAGGCAAUUCUUUAUUGAGGACUUCAGAGCUAAAUGCAAUAGACGAAGGCUUUAUUUUAAUGAAAAUAUCAAAGAAGCUCCAUUAGAAAUAAAAAUUAAGGCUGCUUUAUUAGUUCAAAAAGUUUACAGGAGGUACAUGGAAAUUAAACGAAAAAGAGUUGCCGAUAUUAAAAGAGACAUACUACUGGGUUUGAUACCAGAUCCUUUCAAAAAGAAAAUGAGCUUUGAGGAGGAGAAUAAUAAAAUGUAUGAAAGAAAACGUAACAUAAAGGAGAAAUGUCGGGAGAUAUAUUUAGAAGAACUGGACAGAGAGAAAAUGAGAUUAAUAGUCUAUAAGAAGGAGGAUCAGAUCGAUGAUAUAACAGAUCACGUGAGAGCUUGGUUUUUGGAGUGGUAUUACGGUUACGGUUUCUUUCCUGACUAUCCAUACGAAGCUGAAGGCGGAACCAUGUUGGUGGUUAAAGGGAAUUACCCAACCAUCGCUGAGAAGUUGAAAGAAGACGAGGACUAUGCUAACACUAUGAAAGGAAAGACCAAGGAACAGCUAAAAGCUGAGAUGAAGCAAGCGAAAGCUGACGCGUUACUCAAAGAGGCGGCUGCAAAGGAAGCGAAGCAGAGGGAAGCAGAACAGCUGUUUAGGAUGAGAUUGAACCCGUUGUCUGACCCUGGUUAUCAGCCCAAGCCUUCUGAAGUCACUGGACAAGUGGGAGAGGCUCUUCAAAAAUACAGAGCAGCUUGGUCAAUAUAUGAUAAAUUUUCACCCGAGGAAUGUCCAAAAAGUAUUUACGGAUUCAUGCAAAGUAUUUUGACUGAGGAACUUAUGUGUCAGUUGCACGAAGAAUGUAGAAGAUAUGUCGAUGAGCUGAUGAGAUUGGAUCUGAAGCUGCUUAUAAAGGCGCAACAGGAAAUGUUUAAGAGCGUCGGCUGGCAGUACCCGAAAAUGAGACCAAGAAAAAAACCUAAAUCUACACCUCUUCCGAAGUCAUUAAAAUUAAACGAUGCUGUAUUGGAUAGUAUGAAGACCAUAUUCGACUUGGGUAUAAUAUCCAAACCUACAGCCAAAAUCAAGGAUAUUAUUGGUGACUUUAAGUAUGCGGCGUACGAAAUGAAUAUCAAAGACCCGGACGCAACAUUUCCGUCACCCGGAUUUGGUGAUGUUAGGCGUCGGUUGGUUAUGUCAUGUGUUUUUGGCUCGGGAAUCGAACCCGGUGCUGUCCGCAAUAAAGCUGUCAUGUUACUUGGUCCGGAGAGGAAUGGGAAAGCAUUUAUGGUUGACACUAUUUGCGGUGAGCUUAAUGCAAUUAAAAUUGAUAUAACACCGGAAGUGUUCAGCGCUGUUGUUGACAAACCCGCGAAAGUUCUAGCCGAAGUGGUUUUGGCUGCGAAAAUUUUUCAACCAAGCGUUAUAUAUAUGAAGAAUAUAGAAAGGGUUUUCAGCAAGAAAAUACCGCCAGAAGAGAGAGCAUUGCAAGCGAAGGUUUUAAAGACGCCGUUGACUAAAAUGAUAAAACAAAUAUUGCAAGAGGACAAAAUAAUAUUUUUGGCGACAUGUUCAAAUCCAUUCGUCGCUCCAACAAAACCAAUGAUGAUAUUAUUUAAUGAAACUAUACUAAUACCGAGAACGGAUUACAACUCUCUGAGGACGUUCUUCUAUGAGAGUUUUCAAAAAAUCCGCAGCAUGCCUCGAGACUAUUGCGUUCAGGCUCUCGCUCAAGUGCUUCAAGGUUAUGGAUUUGGUAUCAUACUUCAGUUGUUCGAUAAAGUUAUGACCGCAGAGAGAAUUGUUAGGUUAAAUAUAAAUCCAUUAUCGCCAGCAGAAUUUCUCCCACCACUGUUUGACAUGAAUGUGGAAGCUGUAACGUUAGAAGAAUACCAAGAAUAUGUGCAGUUCUUCAUUGAAAAUUCCCCUCUAAGCAAAGAGAGAGAGGAUUUUGAAAUUAUUAACAGAUACAGGGCUGUUGUUUAUAAGAAAUUGGAAAAAGAAAAGAAGAAAUGAUUGGAGUACAAUUUUUUUUUAAAUAUGCAUAAAUAUCUCCAUAGAAUCUGUGUAAAACCAGCUAUAUUGUACAUAACUGUAACAUAUCUUAUGUGAGACUAAUAAAACUCAAUG